GGGUGAGAACAUGUCUCUGAAAAUAGGAAACCAUUUUUAUCUUUUUCCAGAGAGCGCCAAAAUAAAUAAAUAAAUUAUUAUGAUAUUGUUGUCACUACGCGUUAAAAAUGGAAACACAGUGACAGGGCCAACAACUAGCACACCCAGAUUAGCCACCACUGACACUCGUCCUCAUCAUCCGCCAUCAUGUGCGUCACUCAUCGUCAUUCUUCAGUUCUCAUUCCCCAUUCUCCAUUCUCGAAUCACUAAACUACACCCCAAAGUAUAUAAAAGUCCCAUCCUAUAAAACCUCUAUUUGACCCAACCAUUUUAUUUUAUUUCACAGAAUUUUAUUAUUAUUAUUGUUUCUUUUUCAGAAAUUCUCUCCCCCUCGUCAACAGGGCCGAGCAUGGAAAAAACUUUUUAACUCCUAACUCUUAAAACGCAAAGCACUUUUUUUUUUUUUUUUUUUUUUAAAAAGGGAAAUUCCUGAAACCCUAAAUUUUUCUGUCCAUUUCUUGCCAACGAAGUAUCGAAUAUUGCCGAUUUGCAUUAAUGUGUUUUCUGGAUAACGAUUGAUUGAGUAGAUACAGCAUAGAAUCUAUUACUAUAACCUUUUUUGGAAGAUUUAUAAUUUUGACACGGUUUCAUGAUAUUGAUGAAGAAAGUGCUGCUUCAUCAGUGGCAGAGGAUUUUAAUCCUCUCCUUGCUCUGUUUUACUGUCUUCUCUCCACUCUUAUUUGUUUCCACUAGGCUCAGAAAUUUUACUCCAGAUGGGAAGCAAGAGUUUGCUGAUGACUUGUCUACUUUUGUGCACAAGUAUAAGACAGAUACUGUAAUACUUAACGCGAUUGAACAGGAAGAAGGUGAAGAAUUGAAAGGUCCAAAACUGCAUAUUUACGAGGAGAAAGAUUUCGGUUCUGCAGUUACUUAUAGUUCUGCUGAUGGCAAUAAGGAUUCUGAGCAUUCUGAAAUCACUGAAGAGAUAAUUCGUAAUUCUGAGCAUUCUGAAAAUACUGGAGAGUCAAUUCAUGAUUUAGAAAAAUCUGAAAGUGCUGAAAAUAUCACUUUUCCUCUGAAAAGCAAUGGAACUAGCCAUGAAUUGAAAGAAAAAGAUAACCAUAUUCAGCAGGAAAUAGUAUUAACCAAGACAGAUGAUCAGUGGCGAUCCAAUCAAACAACAGUUCAUCGUUAUCAGAAUGUGCGUACUCCAACACGGAGAGAUAGAGAUGAGAAAGUAAAGGAGAUGAAAGAUCAGCUGAUUAGAGCCAAAGCAUACUUGAGUUUUGCACCGCCAGGCAGUAAUUCUCACUUAGUAAAAGAGUUGAGGUUGCGUAUGAAAGAAUUAGAACGGGCUAUGGGUGAAGCCAGGAAGAACUCAGAUUUGUCAAGGAGUGCACUACAGAAAAUGAAAUCUAUGGAGACUACCCUGUCCAAAGCAAAUCGUGUCUACCCUCAUUGCUCUGACAUGGUCGCAAAGCUCCGUGCCAUGAAUUACAAUGCUGAAGAACAAGUUCGAGCACAGAAGAAUCAAAAUACAUUUCUGAUUAACCUUGCUGCUAGGACUACACCAAAAGGCCUCCACUGCCUAUCUAUGCAGCUGACAGCUAAAUAUUUUGACCUGCCACCAGGGAAGAGGCUAUUUCCUAACCAACAAAGGGUGCAUGAUCCAGAUCUUCAUCAUUAUGCUGUUUUCUCUGACAAUAUUCUGGCAUGUGCAGUGGUCGUUAAUUCCACAGUCUCCUCUGCCAAGGAUGCAGAGAGUAUAAUUUUUCAUGUAGUGACUGAUUCUCUCAACCUCCCAGCCAUCUCAAUGUGGUUCUUACUGAACCCUCCCAGCAAAGCUACAAUUCAGAUCCAGAGCAUAGACAACUUUGGAUGGUUGUCAACCAAGUAUAGUUCAACAGUAAAGCAGCAAAAUUCACAUGAUCCAAGUUAUGUUUCUGCUUUGAACCAUCUUCGUUUCUAUCUACCAGAUCUCUUCCCUCUGCUGAAUAAGAUUGUGCUGUUUGACCAUGAUGUGGUGGUGCAAAAGGACCUAACUGGACUUUGGAGUCUUGAUAUGAAUGGAAAAGUAAAUGGAGCAGUAGAGACUUGCCAGGAAAGUGAUACUUCAUAUCGCCAGAUGGAUAUGUUCAUCAAUUUCUCAGAUCCAUUUGUGACAAAGAGGUUUGAUGCCAAUGCAUGCACAUGGGCAUUUGGGAUGAAUUUAUUUGAUCUGAAAGAAUGGAGGAGACAGAACUUAACUGCUCUCUACCAUAAAUAUUUGCAAGAGGGCUACAAAAGGCCAUUGUGGAAGGCUGGGAGCUUACCAGUGGGUUGGGCAACCUUUUAUAAUCAGACGGUUGCUUUGGACAAGAGAUGGCAUAGAUUAGGGCUUGGUUAUGAAUCAGAUGUUGGACAGGAUGACAUUAACCAAGCAGCAGUCUUACACUAUGACGGAGUCAUGAAACCAUGGAUGGAUAUUGGUGUUGGAAAUUACAAGACUUACUGGAGCAAACAUGUGAACUAUGAUCUUUCGUACUUACAGCAAUGUAAUAUCCAUUCAUGACUGGAAUCAGAGGGGGCAAGUCGUUCUAUGAGCUCAGAAAACAUCAUUCAUUACUUCCUUUUAUAGGAAAACUAACGUGUUCGCUUGAUUCUUUGAGAAUUUUCUCCUGUAAAUCUCAUCCCAUUUUUUCUCUCCCAAAGCCGGCUGUAAUUUCUGAGUAGAUGAGUCAAGUUAUGAAAUAAGGGUGUCACUUGUAGUUAGUGUGUAGUGUACAUAACUCAGUUCAGGCAUUUUGGUUUAGAUUUAACAUCUUACAUUUUAAAAGAAGAUUCACUAUAGUAAAUGGUAUCGCUCUUUUCAAACUAUAGUUCUUUCUCCUGCUUUUAGAUUUCGUGGAUGAAAAGUCCCAUGGUUCUCUAAGGAUUGUGCAAUUAUUUACGUGAUGUUGGACGUUGUGUUUUGUGCUGUUUAGUUGAGGUGUCAGUGGAAUUCCCCCUUGAAUAUUCGCUUUCCCAAUUGAAUAAAAAGAAAUUUUAAUGGGUCUGAAGAUUUCCCUUGCGCAGAA